AUGCCAACAUCAUGGUCCUCCCUCUUCUUCGAAGGCCCCAGCGAAAAGCGAUCCUCCAAGGUCAUCAUCGCCGCCCAGAAAUCCCGUGGCGUAGCCAAAGAAAGAGACUUUCUCGAACAGCAAUCCCACCUGAUCAUAACCUCCGUAUUCUCCCACCCUCCCGAAUCGCAUAACGCCGAGGUCGCCAUCGCCGCGGACUGCUCUCAACGUGCGCCGUUGUACGCGUAUGAACAUACCGAUGAUGGAAGUGGUGGAGGAGGGUGGUGUGUGGUUAAUCUCAGUUUGUAUGAGCCGAGGUUGGAAGAUCAUUUGGUUGUCGUGAAGGGGAGUCUGGAGGAUAUUCUACCGGUUCUACAGCUACCGUCCAAAUUCGGUGUCAACCUUCGCAUAAACCUAUACGGUUCCGCAUCCCGAAUCCUCAAAUACGGCCAGUCCGACCACCUUCCCCUCGAUUCCCUACCGGCAAUCCUCCGGAAAUCGUUAGCGGUGAAAAGAAUCGACAUUCACUUCGACGAUCCAGCUUGGUUAACCUCUUUCUCCCUUCUCGACUUCAUCCUCUGGACUUCCACCACCGCCUUCUCCCGUCCCCCAGGCCUACAGGAAUUAUGGAUCCAACCCUUAUGUGCGGCUGAUACGAUCAAGUUGAUCGAGGAACUCCAUGCACAUUCGAAAGCGGGGGAGUUCGAUAAGGGGAGUUUGAGGGAGGGUGGUUUGAGUGGUUUGCAUUUGAGGUUAGUGGAGCCGUGGGUCUUGGAUCCGGCGCAACUGAGCGCGAUGGCGAAUAAAAGUCCGCCGUCGUAUGGGCGGUUACCGGCGAUUGAGUCACUACACAUACACCUCGUACCAGGGAUGGGGAGACGGCAGAGUACGGCGUCCGUGUUGUCUGAUUCAUACUUUUCGGCACCAUAUGGGAAGGGAAAUCCGAUUAGCCCUGGGAGUCCCAUGUCACCACAUUCGCCGUCUCAGAACGGAGGUGGGAUACCGUAUCCGACGGCAAUUGAAGCACUCCUCUAUUACCUCCAAUCAACCUUCUCUCCACCCUCCUACGUCAUUCACCACUCUUCGUCCUCUGACCCCCCGCUCUUGCGCCCUGCAAUCGAUGCCGGCAUUCUCCGUUCUGUCGGGUAUCUCAAAUCUACUCUGUUCUCCACGCCACCUGUUUCGUAUGUCAGUACGGAGGCGUUGGUCGUGGGUGCAGGGGAGGAUACGGAGAAGAAAGGUGAGGUGGAGAAUUGGAUUAAGGAGAGUCCGGUGCUGGGGGGAGGCCGGAGGGGUAGUUUGGCAUGGGGUGGGAUUGGGGUUGGUGGAGGGAGUGGGAGUGGGUGUUCGAGUCCGGUCGUCGGGACGCCGGCGCAGACGCCUGGGGUUGAGUAUCCGCCUGGGUGGGCGCCGGGGAGGAGGCAUUCUCGGUGA